GAAGCAGAAGCAGUCACUCACCGCCAUGGCUUCCAAAUACGCCCUCCCGAUCCUCGCGAUGAUAGGUCUGGCAGCAGCACAAGGCAACUCAACGUGUCCAGACUACAGUGACUACUCCAAGGAGCUACAUGGUCCAUACAGCGAAGGCCGCUACCAAUUGAGCUACCAGCGUCCCGAGACAAGCUGUCGAACAUUCCAAUCCUCGGUCGUCGAGUCCGCCAUUACCGACGUCACGGGCAAGAUUGCAGACCCAGACCUCAAGCGUCUCUUCGAGAACACGUACCCAAACACGCUUGACACCGCCGUGAAGUGGAGGGGCACCGCCGCAGGCUCAGAUGAAGAAUUGUGCUUCUUGAUCACCGGCGACAUCAACGCAAUGUGGCCGCGCGAUUCCACGAAUCAAGUGAAGGCCUAUCUGCCAUUGUUGAAAGCCGACUCGUCGCCAGACUCAUUGGCUUCAAUCUACCGCGGAGUGAUCAACCUUCAGGCGCGCUUCUUGAGGACCUCCCCUUACUGCAACUCUUUCCAGCCGCCGGUCGAAUCGGGCCUUGGCGCCUCGUUCAAUGAGUACGCCACUACCGACGUUGUCACUCCAACGUACAGCAACUUGUCCGUAUUCGAGUGCAAGUACGAGUUAGACACCCUGGCAGCGUUCCUGGAAGUCAGCGACAACUACUACAAUGCCACUCAGGACAUUGAAUUCUUCCGGAAGUACUCCUGGGUCGAUGCCGUGAAGGCGGUCCUCAAGGUGGCCGAGGAAAUGAUGGUGCCCACAUACGCAGACGAUGGGUCCGUCAACAAGCUUGCCUACUCUUGGACUCGCCAGUCGGAUAGGUCUACGGAGACCACAGCCAACGGCGGCUUGGGCAAUCCAUUUAACAACGUCACGGGCCUCAUACGCUCCUUCUUCCGGCCGGCCGACGACACCACGAUCUACAUGGGAUUCAUUCCCGCUAACAUGAUGUUUGCACGAUACUUGGAGUCAGCAGCUAUCAUCAUGUCGGCGCUUGGCGACCAGAACGACCUGGCCAAUCAAAUGACCACAUUGGCGGAGAACCUCAGAUGUGCGAUCACCAAGUACGGCAUUGUCCAGACGUCUGAGUUCGGACCCAUUUACGCCUUCGAGGUCGACGGCUACCUUGGACAAAACAUCAUGGACGAUGCCAACAUUCCCAGCUUGCUUUCGGCUCCAUUCUUUGGCUACCUCAGUGCCGAUGACGAGGUCUAUCAGAACACCCGCAAGCUCAUUCUCAGUGAAAGAAAUCCAUACUACAUGAUUGGGCCGAGACUCAGUGCUGUCGGCAGCCCGCAUACCGGACCGGGCAAGGCAUGGCCCAUGGCUUCCAUCGUUCGCAUCGCGACCAGCAACGACGAUGACGAGAUUACUGAGCAGUUGCGGGAGAUCCUCAGCACCACCGAUGGGCUCGGAUUGAUCCAUGAGAGUAUCAACACUUUCAACACGACCGAUUACACUCGACAGUGGUUCUCUUGGGCAAAUAGUCUGUUCGGGCAAGUCGUUCUUGAUUUGGCCAACAGGAAGCCAGAGGUCUUGCAGCAGAGCUUCCAGUGA